AUGCAACCUACUAAUGCCACAUUGAAUGACGAUAGUGGAAAUCAGGAUGAUGAUGAUGAACCUGACGAAUGGGACCAAAGAAUUAUUAACACCGGAUGUCAUGAGGAAAACCUCAAGUUGCAACUUUGUCAUGCUGAUACAGGGGAUUGGAGGCAAUGUACGAAGGAAAUGGAAGCCUUUAGAAAGUGCUGGGAUGAACAUAAUAAUAAUAUGAGAACACUGACGGUCAACAAUACGGAUGCUUAG